UAAAAUUGAAUAUUAUUAAAUAAAAACUAAAUUUUAUUUUAUUUUUUUUUUCUAUUUUCUGAAAAUCCAGGUCCGGACCAUGGAGAAGACGAAGGCGCGACUAGGAUCCAUCCUUUUACUUACCGCCAUCCCAUCCCCAUACCUUAGAACCUGUCCCUCGGUACCCUCGUUGGGCUUUUACUGUGGGUGGCCACCCUCGAUAUCCUUUUUCUUUUGCGCUCCUCCCCUGGUACCAUUACCACUCUCAUACGCCUUCCCUUCCCACCAUCUCCACCAACCCGUCAUUCACUACGAUCUAUGCUAUUCUCUCUUUUCCUCCCUUCUUAGUUCGCUCCACCUACUAAGUCUCUCCUCCCCCAUAUUCCUCUUUUCAAUUUUUUCACUUCUGAAUUUUCCUCUUUUUCUCACCCCAAUUCUCCCGGCCAGAACGACAGUCAUCCCGGACCUUCUAUACUUCCUCGGUUCCGGCACAUAUACAUCCCUCGACUAAUAACUCAUCAAACUUCGACUUUUGCUUCCGACCGUCGUUCGCUGUUGGCCGAUCUCUUCCUCCGCACCGUAAUUUGUUUAGUGCGGGUAUAGAGGAUUGAAUACCGUUACGCCCUGCUCAACCUUCGACAUAACUAUCAUUGCUAGUUAAACCUCAGGACACACUGUACCGGAGGCCCAAGUUCAACUCGUUACAUCCGAUAGCUAGGGCGCC